UCUUCCCGUCUUCGCGUGCGGCGGCGCUCCCCAUCCCACCACGUCUCUCCUCCGCGCGGUACCACCGCCCCUCUGCUCCGGCAGUGACUCAACUGGACGGCCGCCGCCUCCCCUGCGUUGACAGCGCCUCCCUCCUGUGUGCGUGAAGCCGCCUAGGCCGACGUCUCCCUGCGUGCGUGGCAUCGUCCAGGCCGGCGUCUCCCUCCCGCGCGUGGCGUCCCGGGGGGCCAUGGCCUUGGCGUGCGCAUGCCAUGUGCGCCGCCUCCUCCUCCUCCACCCCGGCGCCGGAGCUCCGGCGAGAUCCUUCUACGCCCAGCCCUACCAAGCCAAGGUGGGCGUGGUGGAGUUCUUGAACGGCGUCGGGAAGGGGGUGGAGACGCACGCCGCCAAGUUGGAGGAGGCUGUAGGCGGCGAUCUCCAGAGGCUGCUCGAGACCCGCACGCUCCGGCUCAAGAAGCUCGGCGUCCCCUGCAAGCAUUGCACAAAUGUAGGAAGGCUCUUCUGAACUAAGUUCCUUUCACUUCAUGUGGAAGUAGCACAAAUUAUAUAAAUAAGAGAGAAGCUUAAUGUUACCGUGCUGUCGGCUUUGCAUGUAAAGCCUCCUAAUCCGGAGGAACUCGAUAGAUUCAAGAACUACGAAUCGGUAGCCCCGGAAAACUCAGUUUUGAACUUGUAUUUGAUUGGAAAGAAUUUUGACUUGGGGACCCUGGAUCUAUCGGCCUGUCAUACUAAUUUUACUAUGCGAGGACCCGGUAUUUCAGCUCAUGCUUGAGUGCUUGCCUAUUUUUCAACUGCUGGGAAAGAAUUUGGGUGCGGCAGGACGAAAUGGAAUUCUCAGAAAAAGUAUAAACAGGUCUUCCCCACUGCUGCAUAGAGUCUGAGCUGGGUGGAAUUGAAGUUCGGUGUUGAUCAAGAUACCCCUGCCUACUUACCUUAAAAAAUGACUAAUGAUCAACCGAUCACAGAGGUCCUUUUCCAGCAACUUCAGAUCAGGAAAACCACAAUAUAAUAUGAAAGCAAGCAAGGUGAGAUGGUUGUUGGGCCAAAUUCAGGUCUUUAACCCGUUUUCCUGCCAACCAUGGUUCGAUCCCCUGCAGCUGCAUGUUAUCUUUCUAUUUCACAGGGUUUCAUGCGCCUGCCACUGGCUUUGGUUUUUUUCCCAGUUUGUGUGAAAACUGUUUAGUUCUUUCCGGUUCGUUGGCAGGGCGGUCCAUAGAGCUUAAGAAAACGUGCGUGCGGCCAGUUCCUGUUUUUUCCGGUCCGACCAGCAGUCUGGUUCAGUUUUGAAACUAUGAUUAUAGCUAUGAUCUUGUUUAUAAACUUCAGAAGAGAGCAUAGUUUUGAUUUGGGCACACAGUUUAAUGACUGUACUAACAUUGUCAUCACGCGGACUAAUAGGAACAGAGUUAUAACUGACAAACAUAGUAUAGGUGUACCGUGGACUGAUAAAAUUACAGGAUCACUUCAUUGGGUUUCAUUUCUCCACUUCUAACAAAAAUCAUAGUUUAUAUAAUGCUUACAGUAAUGUUGCUGCCGGAAUCACCAGAGUACAACAGAUACUGUUUUAACACAUGAGUUAUUCAGGCCAAUACAGAGAACACUACCAAGUUCCAGCAGAUUUAUCGAACAUGCCCCCUGAUAAUCUGAUAUACUCCCUCCGUUCCUAAAUAUAAGUCUUUCUAGAGAUUUCAAAUGGACUACCACAUACGGAUGUAUAUAGACAUAUUUUUGAGUGUAGAUUCACUCAUUUUGCUCCGUAUGUAGUCAUUUGUUGAAAUAUCUAGAAAGACAAAUAUUUAGGAACGGAGGGAGUAGGAUGGAAUUUGUAGGUAAAACCGAUAACCAGGAAGGGAGAUUCCAGUGCACUAACAUUCCAGGUAGCAUGUUUGUACUUGUUUGCUUCACCUACUACAGUCAACAUGAAGCAGCAGCACCGAUGGACUAAGGUUAGACGUCAGUGAACGCGUGGUUGGAGGACUUGACACCCACAAAGUAUCUGUUGUGCAUAUGGUGGGCUGGCGAAGGCAUGCAUCGGUGCUGUGGCAGUCUGGCGAAGGAGGAGGCUGGCAAAUUUGAUUUGAACUUGGAGAGUUCAAUAGGCUGCAAAAUUUGAUAGAAGUACAGUUUUUGUAAUUUCUGAAUGCAUUUGAAGUAAUUCCUUCUGUCAGUUAUUGACUAGCAUACUGGCAUGCAUGGAGUGUUAUUUAGCCGAUUAUGUUGUUUCCUAGGAAGUAGUUAGCUUGGAAAUGUGUGGUUAACAUUUUUAAGUUCUUACUAUACAUCACAAACAUUUUUCCGA